AUGGCCGCCAAGGACGCCAAGCAGACGAAGCUUCCGCUGAAAGUUGUGCAGCUCGAGGGUCAGGUGGUGUUGAAGAUAGCCAAGCACUGCAGGGAGAGUGAUGCCUCGCUCAGAGAUAGCGAGGCCACUGUCACCGGCCAGCUGCUGGGCCUGGAUGUGGGCUCCACGCUGGAAAUCACAGACUGCUUCCCCUACCCGGGCAACGCGGGCGAGGAGGAGCAGGAGGCGGUGGGCGAGGGGGAGAGCUACCAGCUGGAAAUGAUGCGCUGCAUGCGCGAAGUCAACGCCGACAACAACACUGUGGGCUGGUACCAGUCCACCAUCAGCGGGUCGUUCCAGGUGGUGGAGAUCAUUGAGACUUUUGUGAGCUACAUGGAGAGCCUGGACCGCUGUGUGUGCAUCGUGUACGACAUUACUGCCGCGGCCGGCGGCGCGCUGGGCCUGAAGGCGAUUCGCCUCUCAGAAGCCUUUGUGGAGGCGUAUCGCGAGGGCUCGCUCACGAUAGAGAAGAUCCGAGCCAAGGGGCUGUCAUGGCGGGACAUGUUUGUGGAGAUCCCCAUCACUGUGCACAACUCAACCAUGGCGGCGGCGCUGGCAGCAGAGAUUGCGCCCUCCUCGGCGGCCACCACACUGGAUUGCGAGAGGUUGAACUUGGGCGUGGCACCCCUGCUGGAGAAGAACUUGGAGUACCUGAAUGACUGCCUGGACGACUUGAUGGUGGAGCAGGGCAAGCUGAGCAUGCACCAGAACCAGUUGCGCCGCCAGCAGCAGGCCAUCGCACAGUUCAAGAUGCAGCGGCGGCAGGAGAACAUGGCGCGGCGUGCAGCUGGCGAGGAGCCGCUUUCGGAGGAGCCGCCAGAGGGCAUGUUCAAGCCGGUGGCGGAGCCUAACCAGCUGGACAACAUGCUGCUCAGCAACCAGAUGGCCAGCUAUUGCCAGCACAUCAACAGUGCAACGCAGCAGGCGCUGUCCAAGCUGACUCUAAUGGAGGGCCUGCAAAAUGCGUUCUGA